AUGGCUGAUGAAAUAGCAAAAGCGCAGGCUGCCCAGCCAGGUGGAGAUACAAUAUUUGGGAAAAUCGUACGGAAAGAGAUCCCUGUGGCUUUUCUCUAUGAAGAUGACCAGUGUGUAGCCUUCAACGAUGUCGCUCCCCAGGCUCCCACCCACAUCCUUGUUGUCCCAAAGAAGCCAAUAGCUCAGCUUUCAAAAGCAGAAGAGAGUGAUAGUGCAUUGCUGGGUCACUUAAUGAUAGUUGCCAAAAAGUGUGCAAAGCAGGCAGGUCUUUCUAAAGGCUUCAGGAUUGUUGUCAACGAUGGAUCGGAUGGAGGCCAGUCAGUCUACCACAUCCAUAUUCAUGUCCUGGGUGGUCGACAGAUGGACUGGCCCCCAGGCUAA